GUGCAGUAACUGUUGCUUACAUGCCAUCCUGCUGCGAGGUGAAUAGAUAUACAUGUAUGGAUGUGCAAACCUAAAACACUCCGCUACUGACUUCAGCAGACCUGACACUUUUGAAGAUUUUUUGUUUGGAGUUGUCCUUCUAAUUAUGUCUCAAUUUGCUCUACGUAAUGUUCUGUCGGACUGACAACAACACAAAAGAUUUCAUGAAAUGUGCCCAUAUCGUUAUAUGUUAUUAUAUAAAGCUGUCAUAUAUGAUUUAUAAUAAUUAUUAUAAAUCUUCUGAAGUCAUAUGACAGAUUUGUGUGAUGAACAGGCUGUAUCCUCUUUGCUUUAACCUCUCAAAACAAAUAUUGUGCCAUUAGAUGAAUCUUUAGAAAAUGUCAUUGAUUAAUUGUUGUUUCUUGCACUAGGGGUGUAAUCGGAGUCUAGAAACUGUCAACAAGAUCUAUUUUGUGCAUGUAGAAGUGGAUCCAUGGGUGUCCUGCGGGCGCUGUCAGUCACCAUGGGAAGGAUCAGCACAUUUAGGUCUUAUCAGAUCAUGCUGCUCUUUGCUGCAGCCUUGGCAGUGGUGGCCUUCUACUACUUUGGCUCCGAAAAGCAGAACUUCUCGAGCACCACAAAACGGAUCAAGGAAACACAAGCAAGCCACAACAGCAACCGUGAGGAUGCAGAUCUUUCCAUAGACAUCCGGUCUGGACGUUCAGAAAGCAGAACAGGAACUGGAGAUGACCUGGAUAGAAAGCCAUCACGAUUUCAUGCUCUCAUGAUGUUCACCAAGGUUUACAAGAGCUUGAGCUUGCAGAAGAAGUUUCAGGUGGCCAUGCGCUCCAUGGCCAAACAUGGACGCUUCCUGGAGGAUGAGAUGCUGGUUCUCCAUUACGUCUCUGAUGCAGGUAGUCAGGAGCUGGGGGAGAAGAUGCUUCCUGAACUUCUCCUGGAUGCAACUUUCCGGUACGAGGUGGUGUUUCACAAUGUAGAUGCCCUUACUGAGAAAUUAUUCCCCAUCGUGGAGUCCAUGCAGAAACACUUUAGUGCAGGUUCUGGCGCAUACUAUAGUGACGCCAUCUUCUUCCUGUCGGUGGCGAUGCAUCGCAUCAUGCCUGCAGAACUGAAGCACAUUGUUCAGUUGGACCUGGACCUCAAAUUCAGAAACAACAUCAGAGACCUCUUCCAAGAGUUUAACCAUUUCCCUGUGGAGGCUGUCAUUGGAAUUGCACGUGAAAUGCAGCCAGUUUACAGGCACACUUUCUGGCAGUACCGCAAGGAGAAUCCCAAGUCCUAUGUGGGAGACCCUCCACCAGAUGGUCUGCCUGGCUUCAACAGCGGCGUAAUGCUUCUGAACCUUGAUGCCAUGCAUCACUCUACCUUAUACAACCAGCUUCUGGAGCCCGAGCGGGUGGCUCGCCUUGCAGAGAAAUACCACUUUCGGGGGCACCUGGGUGAUCAGGAUUUCUUCACAAUGAUCGGGAUGGAGCACAGGGAACUCUUUUACCCAAUUUCUUGCGGCUGGAACCGACAGCUUUGCACAUGGUGGAGGGAACACGGGUAUGGUGACGUCUUCCAGCUGUACUAUCACUGCGAUGGGCCGGUGCACAUCUACCAUGGCAAUUGCAACACUCCCAUACCUGAUGACUGAGGUUCAAAGUGCGUCUUUGAAUGCUAACUUUUCGAUUAAAUUCUUUUUGUUUGCACUUCUUGAACAAAUUUUAAAUCAAGUGGCCUGAAAGGAAAAAGGGGCUUGUUGUUAGAGGUGCUUAUAGUGCAGCAUUCCCAUGACUAAUCACAUUUACACAAUAUAAUCCAGCCAUUACCACAUGAAUCAUUCAUUUAACACCGCUGAGGCUGUUGAAGCCUUUCCAAACUUACUAAAAGUCUCUGACUUAAAGGGAUAGUUCACCCAAAAAUGAAAAUUGCCCCAUGAUUUACUCACCCUCAAGCCGUCUUAUGUGUUUUAUGUCUUUCUUCUUUUAGACAAACACAAUCAGAGUUAUGUUAAAAAUGUGCUACGUCAUCCGCUGGAAUGCCACUCUCUCGUGAACGUGUGCACUGUAUGACAGUUAGCGAAAACUAGAGAUUACAGUUUAUAACUUUUUUAAUAUUGCUAUUUUUUUUGUACACAAAUGCAUCGCUUCAUUUCAGAAGGCCUUUAUUAACCCCACAGAGCCAUGGGGAGCACUUUAUAUGAUGGAUGGAUGCACUUUUUUGGACUUCAAAAUCUCGACCCCCAUUCACUGCAAUUAUAAAGCUGGGAAGAGCCAGGAUAUUUAGUAAUAUAACUCUGUAUUCGUCUGAAAGAAGAAAGUCAUAUACACCUAGGAUGGCUUGAGGGUGAGUAAAUCAUGGGGUAAUUUUCAUUUUUGGGUGAACUAUUCCUUUAAAUACCAGUUGCUUUUCUCUGUUUAAAUAAUGCAGUGCGGCUUUGACUCUCAGUAGUCUGAAUUUCCUCAUGCAAGAGUCUCAUCAAAUCGCUCUUAGACAGCAGGGAAGGAGCCAAUCAGAGAGUCUUUUCCUCAUC